AUGGGGAAGAGGCGGUCACUGUUCCUCUGGCGGGCAGGCUCGAAGAAGCCAAAACAGGUACACUUAGCUCUUGCCGGCCCCAACAGCAUCAGAGUCAUGUGGUCUACGUCUCGCCGUGGUACGUCGUCAUUGGUGGAGUUCGGGGUAACUUCUGGGCAAUACACCAACAAGGCGAAGGGGAAGUCUUCCAGCUACACCUUCCUGACCUAUUCGUCGGACCAGCUGCACAGCGCAGUGCUCUCGAAUCUGCAACCCAAAACCACCUACUACUAUCGCAUCGCAGGGAAGGGGCCAGAACGGUCCUUUGUAACUCCGCUCACCGAUGCUGCUGCUGACGUCAGCAUCGCUGUUGUUGGUGACAUUGGUCUGUCCAAGGCAGCCCGCACCACCAUCUCUCGUCUCGCCCAGCAACCCCACUCCCUCACCCUCGUCCCGGGAGAUCUCUCCUACGCCAACGGUGUCCAAUCCGUGUGGGACAGGUGGCAGUCUCUGAUUGAACCAGACGCCAGCACACACCCUUGGAUGGUCGUGCCGGGAAACCACGAAGCCGAGGCACUUAGCGCGAUCAGCCCGAAGGACUUCGAGUGGCCUGCGUUUCUUAAGCGAUCCGCUUUGCUAAACAGCGGUGCUUUUCUGGCAUAUAAGAAGCGGUGGGAGAUGCCUUCUGCUGCCAGCGGGUCGCCUUCUAAGCUGUAUAACUCGUUUGAGGUGGCAGGGGCGCAUAUCAUCGUGCUCUCCUGCUACUCACCCUUCGGUCCUGACUCUGAACAGCGGAAGUGGCUGAAGAGUGAUUUGUCAGCCGUCGAUCGCUCGAGAACCCCCUGGCUCAUAGCAUCGCUGCACGAGCCCUGGUAUCACUCUAACAGUGACCACCAGACAGAUGGGCAGGCCAUGCGGAAGGCCCUGGAACAGACGCUGUACGCCGCCCGGGUUGAUAUGCUGAUCACCGGCCACGUGCAUGCGUACGAACGCACGACCCGCGUGUACAAUGGCCAGGAGGACCCCUGUGGGAUCAUGCACAUCACUGUUGGGAGCGGCGGGAAGGAUCUAUACCCUAGCUUCGUCUCCCCCAAGCCGGCGUGGUCGGCCUUUCGUGAAGCUGCCUUCGGCUUUGCUCUCUUCAAGAUCGAUGGCAGUGCAGCAGGGGAGGCGGAUUGGGAGUGGCACAAUAACGACGAUUCCCCCGCUGUUGCUGCCGACUCUGCACGCCUUGUCAGCCUUUCCAGUGCCUCUGCUCCUGCUGAGUGCCGGCCAGCAUGA